GACCAAUCAGCGAAUAGGGCGGAGCUUCUUGUGCAUUUGCAAUGAAAUCGGGACAGAAGGCGGAGGAUUUCUGCUGAAAUACUGGAGUGAGGAACGGGGUGCGCGCAGAGAGACACAAGGAGAGGAGAGCCCGUUCAAUUUUUCCCGUUGGUAAUAGACAAUGGAGACAGAAAUUGAGCAGCAGGAAGAAGAGACAACAUUUAGCAACACUGACACAAACGGCAAGCGCCCCGCUGAGGACAUGGAUGAGGAACAAGCAUUCAAACGCUCCCGCAAUACAGACGAGAUGGUGGAGUUAAGAGUUCUACUGCAGAGCAAAAAUGCAGGUGCUGUUAUUGGGAAGGGUGGCAAAAAUAUUAAAGCCCUUCGGACAGAUUACAAUGCCAGUGUAUCAGUCCCAGACAGCAGUGGCCCAGAGCGCAUCCUGAGUGUGAGUGCAGAUAUCGAGACCAUUGGAGAGAUUCUUUUGAAGAUCAUCCCUACUCUUGAGGAGUACCAGCACUACAAUGGUAUUGACUUUGAUUGUGAGCUCCGCCUGCUAAUUCAUCAGAGUUUGGCCGGAGGGAUCAUUGGUGUCAAAGGUGCCAAGAUUAAGGAACUGAGAGAGAAUACACAGACCACCAUAAAACUUUUCCAGGAGUGCUGCCCACAUUCAACUGACCGUGUGGUUUUAGUUGGAGGCAAACCUCAGCGGGUGGUGGAGUGCAUCAAAGUCAUCCUUGAAUUGACAUCAGAGGCCCCUAUUAAAGGACGUGCCCAACCAUAUGACCCAAACUUCUACGAUGAAACGUAUGACUAUGGUGGCUUCACCAUGAUGUUUGAGGAGAGGGGGCGACGGCCAAUGGGAGGCUUCCCAAUGCGUGGGCGUGGAGGAUUUGACCGCAUGCCUCCUGGACGUGGUGGUCGGCCAAUGCCUCCCUCCAGGAGGGACUAUGACGAUAUGAGUCCCCGUCGCGGGCCACCCCCACCCCCACCAGGUAGAGGAGGCCGAGGGGGAAGCCGUGCCCGAAAUCUUCCCCUGCCUCCUCCUCCACCACCCAGAGGAGGAGGUGACCGGUUUUCUCACCAGAGUUAUCAUGGCAGUUUAGACGACAGACCUAAUGACCGAAGGGGAAGACCUGGAGACCGUUAUGAAAGCAUGAGUGGAGGUGGAUAUGACAACAACUCUUCUUGGGAGCCCUUCCAGUCCGGUGGUCGAGGUUCAUACAGUGACAUUGGUGGUCCUGUCAUCACAACGCAAGUGACUAUUCCUAAAGAUCUGGCAGGCUCUAUCAUUGGGAAAGGAGGGCAGAGGAUCAAGCAGAUCCGUCAUGAGUCAGGAGCCUCUAUCAAAAUUGAUGAGCCUCUAGAGGGUUCGGAGGACCGCAUAAUCACUAUCACAGGAACACAGGACCAGAUUCAGAAUGCCCAGUAUCUACUGCAGAACAGUGUGAAGCAGUACUCGGGUCGGUUCUUCUAGAGGACGGCGAGCGAAGCCAAACUGCCAUACCCGUUUUACUUCAGCUUCUUUUCAGAGUCUACAUUCCUCUGCUUCUCGGGUAGAUGUGCUCCUUGCCACUCUUCUAACAUCUUAAAAUAUUUUUUUUUUCUUAUGGGGAGGUGUCUCAAAAAAGCAGCAGAAAGAGUGGAUCCUUUUAAUAAUUAUCCUUCCCUCCCCCUGUUUUUGCACGCAGUGAUUAGAUUUUUCUUUUUAUGAAUUUUUAUCCGCUGUUAACCUUACCAGAGCUGCAUGCCAAUCCAAUGUGCCAUGCAGAAUGUGUUGCUUUUUUCUUUUAUUUUUUUGGAAUUGAAAAUAUAUAUAUAUAAUUUUAUAUAAUUUUCCCCCAGUUUUGUUGAUUGUUUUUGAAAGACAGGAUCCUGUCUCAAACUGUAAAUAUUCAGUCAUCAUUCGGUGAGUUUUAAUAUCAGUAGUCUUAUUUAAUGGUUGAACAACUACAAUGGUUCAGAGAAAGGGCAAAUUGGAGCUGGAGCAUGGAUUCAUCCCUGACAAGAUUUCUUUUUCCCCAUGCUUUCUAAUCCACUCUUGGAGAGAGACUGACUUUGUACUUUAAUUGAUUACCGGGAUCCAUUUAAUCUUGCUGAUGCUUGUUUUGUACGUCUGUUUGUAAGCAUUUUUAACAUUUUAGAUGGGAUCUUUCUAGACACUAGUCAGCUGGAGGAGAAUCAACGUUUAUCUAUAAAGAUUUGUGGCAGGUCUCCCUAUGUUCUCAUCUUUCUCUUGCGCGCUCUCUCUAUCUUUCUCUCUGUCUCUUUUUCUCCCCCCUGGUGUCUGUAGAAUGUGCUGCAAGUCUGAAUAAUAAAGUCUGUGCCACCUUUUAUUAAUAA